GAGGCACCGACAUCUCCGUCUUUCACCUUCAACAAAUGCAAUAGCCUGAAUUGUCAUCGUGGUUUAUGACACAGUCUACUUUCCGGCAUCGCCCACCGCCACGAUAUUGUUGAUCGGAGCACGAAUAUAGAAAGGACAUUGAAGCCCAUAGAGGCCAUUCGGAUUUCGCAUAGUCACUAAUUAGCUCCAGUCUAGGCUCAUCUUCUGGCAAAGUCAUCUCAGGAGAUGGGCGAUAUCAAUGCGGAAUUGGCCCUUUUGGACUCAAUGCAAGCCAUGAACGAGGCCGCAGGAAACUUUGAUGGGAGUCUCGAGGAGGACGAUCAACAAAGGGAAGAAGCUUCGUCAGAUGAAUAUGACCCGUCUCGAUCUUUUAACGACCCUUCGAACGAAAACUCUUCUGGAAUUGAACAGAGGAGCCCACAACAAGAUGCCCAUGAGAAUGUUGCAUCAGUGACACAGGUAGCCGAAUUGGGCUCCCGCCAAGCUCAAAGCCCUCCCAGCGGCGAACUGGUAUCAUCAGCGCAUUCCCAAGCGUCUUCUGGAGAAACUUCCCAAAGUCCUACCCGUCAAGCUUCACAGCCGAUUGACCAUUCUCACAUAGUUGACGAGAAACCCGGGGGAUUUGAAGAUGGACGGGAGCCGCCUUUGGCCGGAGAAAGUGGGUUGUUGAAUGUUGCGCAGGGUUCAUCAUACACGCCUCAACGUUCUCUUUCUCAUACUCCAAUCAAUGCUUAUUCAUCAGAAGAUGUAUCAAUACAAAAUGCUGCACAUGGGCAAGGCGCUCCUGAUACUGUUCCUAAUUCCGUUGCUGGUGUUCCUGAUGUCUCAUCAAAUGAUGAUAGCUUUAGCAAGUCCGCCCAGAGUUUGACAGCCCCGAAUACGUCAGUCAAUGAACAACAGUAUCCGACGAUCUCGGUCGGUACGGCGUCAAAAGCUCGUCUACCCAAUGACCGUGUGGGAAUCUUGGAAGACAGGAUUAAGGAAGAUCCACGAGGUGAUAUGGAUGCUUGGCUUAGCUUGAUCAGUGAGCACCGUCGUCGUAAUAAGAUUGAUGAAGCUCGGACUGUCUAUGAGCGAUUCCUCAAGCGUUUUCCGCUAGCGGCCGAGCAAUGGAUUGCUUACGCUCAAAUGGAGCUUCAAAAUAACGAAUUCUAUCUUGUCGAGCAAAUAUUCAGCAAGUCUCUUCUGACAGUUCCGAACGUUCAGCUUUGGUCCGUUUAUCUUGAUUAUGUGCGAAGACGCAAUAAUCUCACAACCGACUCCUCGGGGACGGCUCGUCAGAUUGUCGCGCAAGCCUAUGAUUUUGUCCUGCAAAAUAUUGGCAUCGAUAAAGAUGCCGGUGCCAUCUGGCAGGAUCACAUAAGAUUCAUUCGUUCCGGCCCAGGGACAAUCGGCGGCAACAGCUGGCAGGAUCAACAAAAAAUGGAUCUGCUCAGGAAAACUUAUCAACGUGCGAUUUGUGCUCCUAAUCAAGCGGUAAAUGCUAUUUGGAAGGAGUAUGACUCGUUUGAAAUGGGUCUAAAUAAAGUGACUGGCCGAAAAUUUCUCCAGGAAAAGUCUCCGGCAUAUGUCUCCGCACGAAGCUCAUUUACAGAACUUCAAAAUAUAACUCGAGACCUUGUUCGAACGACGCUUCCGCGGUUGCCGCCAGCCUUAGGUUUCGAAGGGGACACGGAAUACUUGAAACAAAUCGAGCUGUGGAAAAAGUGGAUUCAAUGGGAGAAAGAUGAUCCGUUGGUAUUGAAAGAGGAAGACAUCAGUGCCUACAGGGCACGGAUUUUGUAUGUCUUCAAACAGUCAGUAAUGGCAUUGAGCUUCUGGCCUGAGAUGUGGUUUGAAGCUGCUGAAUUCUGCUUCCAAAAUGAAUUGGACAAAGAGGGAAAUGAAUUCAUAUCCCAGGGAAUUGAUAUGAACCCGGAAAGCUGCCUGCUAGCUUUCAAAUAUGCUGAUUGGCUGGAGAUUCAGAGCCUAAAUGAUGAAGGUGAAGAUACCGCUAAAAGACGAGGAGCCAUUGUCCGCGAGCCUUAUGACAGAGUACUAGAUGCGCUCUAUGAGCUUAUUGCGAAGACGAAGGCCCGAGAAGCCAAAGACCUUGCGCGGAUAGAGGAAGCCUUUCCCCACCAGGUUCCCAUCAAUCAGCCAAGAGAAAAUGACGAAGACGCUGAUGCUGAAGACGAUUUUAAGGAUCCCGAAUCUUCAGCUUAUGACGCUUCCAAAAAAGCCCAAAAAGAAGCAGUUCAAAAUGGAGCACUCGUGCAAAUUCGACUGUUGUCUAGGACAGUGUCUUUCGCUUGGAUUGCUUUGAUGAGGGCAAUGCGUCGCAUUCAGGGGAAAGGUAAAGUUGGUGAUGUUGUUGGGGGCUCGCGACAAAUUUUUACAGAUGCUCGCAAGAGGGGACGACUUACUAGUGAUGUUUAUGUGGCGAGUGCCCUCAUUGAGUAUCACUGUUACAAAGAUCCAGCUGCUACCAAAAUAUUUGAACGGGGCAUGAAGCUAUUCCCCGAGGAUGAAGACUUUGCGCUAGAAUAUCUCAAACAUCUUAUUGCUAUCAAUGAUAUUACUAAUGCUCGGGCCGUGUUCGAAACCACUGUCAAUAAGCUGGCACAGAGAGCGGAGACUCUGCAAAAAGCGAAGCCUAUCUACGCUUUCUUCCACGAAUAUGAGUCGCAGUAUGGAGAACUUUCUCAAGUCGGUAAGCUGGAGAAGCGUAUGAGCGAUUUAUUCCCAGAGGAUCCUCAGCUCCAGCGUUUCGCUCGGCGUUUUGUUGGCCAGGGGUUUGAUCCUACGGCAAUACGGCCGUUAAUAUCGCCAGCAACCCAGGCACGCCCCAAGGCGAUACUUUCCAUUGAACCUCCUGAAUCUGUUCAAAAUACACCGCCUGUGCGAUUCGCGCAAGUUGCAAAUUCACCCAAACGUCCACUUCCGGUUGACGAUUCAGACACUGAAAUGAAUCGACCGCGGAAACUCAACAGAGGAGAAUCGCCUCUUAAGGGUGCAGCAGGGCGGCGACUUGACCAACAAAAACGAAACCGUCAGCGAGAGAUGAUUGACAGCCAGGGGCAGCUAGUUUCUGCUGCUGUUCCGCCACCAGCACUCCCUAGGGAGGUUCUCUUUCUGCUGAGCAUAAUUCCUCGAGCUGAAACAUACCAUGCGACAAGAUUUAAACCAGAGGGAAUGGUCCGACUUCUUCGAGAUGCACACAUUCCGACGUCACUACCUUCUUCUAGGCCGGUACCGAUGAUCCCACCCGGACACAUGAACGGCUCAUACCAAUUUGGAAGAUGAAAUGCGCUCCUCUCCCUAGGCAGAGGGAUAUGCAGGAUUGUGACCUCGGACCUUUUGCGUUUAUCAAUUUGCAUCUUCUUUUCCUUUUGUUUGACGCAGCUUUUGUGAUUUAUCUUCAUGUACAUACACUGGCGUCUGGAGACUUGAAAAAAUGGGCGAGCUUGUUUGUGCUUUGUCUUUUUGUGUCUCGAAAUACACGUUUGAGGUAUUUGACACCUUUCAAAGGGGCCAGUACUUUUUUGGGAAGAGCAGUUACAACUGGAGUUGCAAGGAUAGCAAACUGAUUUCUCGCUCUUGGAAGUCUGAUUCUGUUACUUUUUACAAUCAGUUCAAGCAUCCAUUUAUGACACAGAAACAAUCCAUAAUCAGUAACAGC